AAGAAUAACUCAUUGAUCAACCUCCAACACGGGCUAGAGUUGGGCGUACAAACCUAUUGAAAGAAGUUACUAGGGGGGAAAACGUGCACGUUUAUUGCUCAGCCGACAAUUUCCUGAUUUUAUUUUGGACUAUCCAACAGGGCAGCUGCAAUGUGGAUUCAAGUUCGCACCAUGGAUGGGAAGGAGACCCAUCGGGUGGACAACCUCUCCAAGCUCACCAAGGUGGAUGAGCUGCGUCUCAAAAUCCUGGAGCUCUUCAAGGUGGAGCCGGAGAGGCAGAGGCUUUUCUAUCGUGGCAAACAGAUGGAGGACGGCCAUACCAUAUUUGACUACAACGUCGGCCUCAAUGACAUCGUGCAGCUGCUGGUCAGGCAGAGCGCCCCCGCUGCUGACGUCGUCAAAAGCAAAGACAAAGAAGCGGAGCUCUCCGACUCCGAUUCGGGCUGCGGCUCGACCCAGAGCGAGUCCGACAAGAACUCCACCCACGGCGAGGUGGAGGGCCAGGCUGCCGGGACCUCUGCCCAGACGACCGCGCCGGAGCUCGUCUAUCCUGGCUUUGGAUUGUACAAGAUCAACGAGCUGGUGGACGCCAGAGACUUGAACAUGGGCGCGUGGUUCGAGGCCCAGGUCGUGAAUGUCACAAAAACAACAAAGACGCCCAAAGUGGAGGGCGACGACGACGAGGAUGAGAUCCUGUACCACGUUAAAUACGAGGAUUACCCGGAGAACGGCGAGAUUCAGCUGCUGGCCAAAGACGUUCGCCCGCGGGCCCGCACCGUCUACCAGUGGACCCAGCUGGAGCCAGGGAUGGUCGUCAUGCUCAACUACAACCCCGACGACCCCAAGGAGCGAGGGUACUGGUACGACGCCGAGAUCCUGCGGAAGCGGGAGACGCGCACCAUCCGGGAGAUCUACGCCAAGAUCAUCCUCGGGGAUGCAGGCGACUCGCUUAAUGACUGCCGGGUCAUCUUCCUCACGGAAAUCUAUAAGAUCGAGGAGCCUGGAUCUCCUAGCGACGCUCCAGCUGGAACCGAGAGCCCGCUAAAAAGAACGAACGGGCCCGAGUGCAAGCACUGCAAGGACGAUGCCAAGAAAAACUGCCGUUGGUGUAACUGCCACAUCUGUGGCAUCAAGCAGGAUCCCGACAAGCAGCUGCUGUGCGACGAGUGCGACAUGGCCUAUCACACGUACUGCCUGAAUCCUCCGCUCACCUCCAUCCCCGAAGACGAAGACUGGUAUUGCCCCGGUUGCCGUAACGACAGCAGCGAAGUUGUUCUGGCUGGAGAGAAGCUGAAGGAAAGCAAGAAGAAGGCAAAGAUGGCUUCUGCCAGCUCGUCCAGCCAGAGGGACUGGGGAAAGGGAAUGGCUUGUGUGGGCCGAACCAAGCAGUGCACCAUCGUCCCGUCCAACCACUACGGUCCGAUUCCAGGCGUUCCUGUGGGCUCCCUGUGGAAGUUCAGAGUGCAGGUGAGUGAAUCCGGCGUUCACAGGCCUCACGUUGCGGGGAUCCACGGCAGGAGCAACGACGGGGCCUACUCUCUGGUUUUGGCCGGCGGCUAUGAGGAUGAUGUGGAUGACGGCAACGAGUUCACCUACACCGGCUCAGGGGGGCGGGAUCUAUCUGGGAACAAGAGGACGGCCGAGCAGUCGUGCGACCAGACUCUGACCCACAUGAACCGGGCUUUGGCUCUCAAUUGCAACGUCCCCGUCAAUGACAAAAAUGGCGCCGAGUCCAAGAACUGGAAGCAAGGCAAGCCGGUCAGGGUCGUGCGCAGCUGCAAGGGACGCAAGCACAGCAAAUACUGCCCCGAGGAAGGGAACCGCUAUGACGGGAUCUACAAGGUGGUGAAGUACUGGCCAGACAAAGGCAAGUCCGGCUUCUUGGUGUGGCGCUACCUGCUGAAGCGCGACGACGACGAGCCGGCACCGUGGACCAGGGACGGGAAGGAGCGCAUCAAGAAGCUCGGCCUCGUCAUGCAGUAUCCCGCCGGUUACCAAAAGGAGAAGGAGAACAAAAACGAGGUGGAGGAGGAAGCGACACCCAGCAAGGCGAAGAGGAAGAGAAAAUCUCAGGGCAGCGACUCGGCCAAGACCUCACCUACUAAGUCUCCCAAGAAGAUCAAAGUGGAGGCGUACAAGCUGUCGCAAGAGCAGAAAGCCCUCAUCAAGAAUGACCAGCAGAACAAGAAGCUGUGGGACGAAGCCAAGGAGUCGCUAUCUCUCGGACCGAAAUUCCUGAGCAAGGUUGAAGAGGUUUUCCUUUGCAUCUGCUGUCAAGAAGUGGUCUUCCAGCCAGUAACCACAGAGUGCCAACACAACGUUUGCAAGGAAUGCCUCCAGCGGUCCUUCAGGGCCGAGGUGUACACCUGCCCAGCCUGCAGACACGACCUGGGCAAGAACUACUCCAUGUCUGUCAACAAAGCCCUGCAGGACAUUCUAACUCAGCUUUUCCCAGGCUACAGCAAUGGCCGAUGAUCGUUACCCCCGUCUUACUCGGCCCUCAAAGAAGCGCAAUGAAACCUGCAAAGGGGAUUUUCCAGUUGAGGCAAUAAAGAGUCUGCUUCUUUUAAUAUAUUUUCUAUGAAUAUAAAGCGACAGUUUUUUGGGGCUAAAAUGCAACCCUUUUUUUUUUUCUGUCAAGCUGUUCUGUUUGUCUAAUAUUCAUUGAGAAUUCCUUUAGAAGUGGUUGUACCGUUAGUCUGGUAAUGGCCAUCUUGAUUAAUCCUCCAUAUUUUAACUACUGCUAAUAUUCCUAAUUUAAAUUUAGCCUUUCUUUUUCCCCCCACAACCUUUUUGUGUUUCACUCAUUGAAGCAAUAUUGGAUCAAAAUCUCUAAGGCCAUCGGUAGGUUUUUGAUGUGUAUUGUUUUGUCGUUAAAUUGGUUGAGUCCCAACAUGAUGAUUUCAUAUGAAAAUGCACUAAUGUCAUAUAUGAACAAAGUUGGGUCUGUAAUGGCUCCCAUAAAAGGUUGACAAAAACCCCGUGUUUUAAAUGUACUUGAGAAAUGGGAGAUGAGUGUCUUAUCUGGAAGUUGUCAUGAAAUGUCAACACAUUUACUGUUCACCAAAACUUCUCAAGCAGGAUAUUUUUCGUUAUUGUGGGUUAACUUUCUUACAUUGAUUACACUUAAAAGUGUUUUUUUUUUUCUGACUUUUUUUUUUUAUAUUACCCUUUUAUGAUUCACUUUAAAAUAGUCCAAAGAUAUGAUUCUGCUUAACAAAGAGUGUAAAGUAGACGUCCCAUCUCUCUAGCUCUCUAGACUUUGUCCUUAACACUCAAACCUAAUUCAGCCUAGAGACCUUUUAUUUUUAUAAAGUCGAUAUGUACACCUUUUUUUUUUGCCACCUUAUAAUCUGUUUCUGUCAUCUAAUUAGAAGGCUCAGUCUUGUCUUCCCAGUGAUCUGUAGUAUGGGCUCCAUUUAGAAACGAGAGGAGCUUGCAUUUUUUAAAUUUAAGGAAAAUGCACUCAGUUGGAUAUAUAUACUGAGUUUAACACCUGCUUUUAUCCGUUAGAUUGUUUUUUUUGGUCAAGCUCAUCAGCAAAGUGCAAAUUAUCAUCAAUGCAAGCAUUUGUUUUACCAAAAUGAUUGCAAAUGCUGGGUUAAUGUAUAUGUUUUGUUUUUCUGAAAUUGUAAAAAAAAAAAAAA